GGCGGCGGCUCAGUGCGCAGGCACCGCGCGGGAGCGAGCAGCGCUCCGGGCUGUACAUAAUACGUGGUGUCUGGGGCCGUGCGCGGCGCAGAGAGGAGAUGGGACCAGGGUGGGAGAGCCGCAGCUAGCGCCGCCGCGGUUGCUCAGCUGGCCGAGGGGAGCGCCAGAAGGGACAGGUAGGGAACAAACAGCAGAAGGAGAGACUCCCACAGGAUGCGAAAAGUUGUUUUGCAGAAGAACCAACAGACUCCAAAAGUAGAGUAGGAAGGAUGAGCUCCUAUGCUGACAUCUGCGGGUCCAAGCAUGCGCAGGGCAGCACUGAGGGAGGGUACCAACGCUAUGGAGUUCGGUCCUACCUGCAUCAAUUUUAUGAGGAUUGCACAGCUUCAAUUUGGGAGUAUGAGGAUGAUUUUCAGAUCCAGAGAUCGCCUAGCAGGUGGAGCUCUACGUUCUGGAAGGUCGGACUCAUCUCUGGGAUGGCUUUUAUGCUGAUAGGUUUAACAGUUCUUGUAGUGGGUUUUCUUGUGCCACCAAAAAUCGAAGCUCUUGGGAAAGAUGAUUUUGUUGUGGUGGAUACCCGUGCCAUACAGUUUAAUGGGUCCCUUGAUAUAUGCAAGCUGGCAGGUGCAAUCUUGUUUUGUGUUGGAGGGUCCACUGUGGCAGCAUGUCUGAUGAUGUCUGCUUUUGCUAAAAGUUACUCCAAAGAAGAAAAGUACCUCCAACAGAGAUUUAAAGAGAGAAUAGCUGAUGUAAAAGCCCAUUCAAAUCCAGUCACAAAAGCGCCAGCACCUGGAGAGUCAAAGAUACCUGUCACUUUGUCUAAAGUUCAAAAUGUCCAACCUCUAUCUGAAACCUGACCCUUUCCUUAGGUUUUAUUUCUCACCUGUAGAUCACUUUAACUGGAAAAUAGCAGCUGUUGUUGGCAUAUGUGCUAGUCAGUUACAACAUCGAGUGCUCUGCUAUACAAACACACAGCUGAUGGUGAAGCCAAUCCAAUGCAAAUUUAGGAUUGAGAAAAGGGGAGUGAUGUGAUUAGACCUGUGACCAGUAUAUUCAGUGUAUUUGAACUUCUUAAUCUGUGUUGAACCAAUAAGUCCUUGCAACAACAAUUAGCUGUUUAGCUUAUAAGAUUGCAUUCCUAAUAAAAACCCAGAGUGUUUAUGACAGCUGUACUGGGAACACCUCACAUCCCACUGUUCAAAGUUCAGAUGAGUUGGUUUUUUGUUCAGUUUUUCUUCUUGGCUUUAAAAUACUGUUUAGUCUUACCACCUGGUUCUGCUGUCUGGGAAGCCAAGAUUCUGCUGUCUGGGAAGCCAAGAUUCUGCCCUUGUAAUUUGCACAUGUCCUUCUGUACAGUCUGUAUCGAAGAAAUACUGCACAGGUAAAACAUAGGUGACAGUGGGUGCCCUUAACUUGAUUGCAGCACACAUCACUUCCCAGCAAUGCAGCUGUCUGGGAAAGGCAAGUUAUACUUGAUCCCAAGUUAUAAUUGACCUGUGUGAAACUGCCACUUUUAUCUUAGUCAUUGCCAUGUUAACAAAGAGUACAAAAAUAAAGAGAAGGAAUUCAUAUGGGAGGAGGAACAUCAUACCUGUAUGUCUUUGUUUUGAUACUGUUUCUUUCAUUGUACUUCAUUGUCUUUGAAGCUCAUAGAAAAUGUUUUCAUUUUGGCUGGAUGUGGAUUACUAAAUGCAGUUUGACAUGCCCAGGUCCCAUGUUCUGUCACUACAUGAAUACCAUGUUAGAUGACCUUAACCUAUUUAUCUAAAAACAUUUUGAAAUGCUGUUUAUAUUUUUAUAGAGCAUAGAAAAAGUUAUGCUUAACCAGAUAAUGUUUGUGACAAUGCUUACCUGAAGCUGUGUCCUUUCAUGGAAGACCCUUAAUUAUUUUCCCAGCCAAGACAAUUAUUUCACUGUCUUAAUCUAUGGAUUUAAAUUAAACUGUAUAAAGAGAGAUGUGACAUUUGUACUUUCUGACAAUAUGUGCCACCUUAUAGUUCUGUCUAUUUUUUUGAAUGGAUUGAAUAAAAUUCUAGGUGCAAGCCACCAGUGAGAA